AUGGCUGAAGCGGCGGCAACGCCGGAGAAAGGAAACAAAGGAACCAGCGAUAAGCAAAAGGUAAACUCGAACUUUUCGCUUAUAGAAUCAAGCGCACAAGAAUAUUGCAGGCAAAAGUCAUCGCGUGGCUCAACGGAUUGGUGGAACGGCUGAAGGCGUGGACGCCCGGACACUGCCAGCAGUUGUUCGUCGAGAAGGAGCUCAUUGAGUUGUGCUUCCGAGCUCGCGAGCACUUUUGGAAGAACAAUGUCAAGCUCGAGGCGCGUGUGUUUUUGUGUCUGUCUGGCGCCCUACCUGGCCUAGGAAAGUCAAAUGUGAAAGGCCGAAGAUUUUCCUAGGCCACAGUCACAACGCGUUGACUUCAUUCGUUCAUUUGCAGCUGGAGGCGCCUGUCAAAAUUUGCGGUGACAUUCACGGACAGUACGAGGACUUGCUCGCUUUGCUCGAGCUCAACGGAUGGCCGCCGGAGACGAGGUCAGUUCGAGAAUGAUCGUCCCAACUAACGGAUCACUUGCUGAAGGUAUCUGUUCCUGGGCGACUACGUGGACCGUGGUCCGUUCUCGAUCGAGGUCAUCUCCCUGCUGUUCGCCUUUCAAAUCCUCCACCCGGACAAGGUGUUCUUGCUGCGUGGCAAUCACGAAUCGCGUCCCGUCAACAUGCAGUACGGCUUCUAUUUGGAGUGCCGCAAACGCUUCUCGAUCGCCCUCUACGACGCCUUCCAACUCGCCUUCUACUGCAUGCCGCUUUGCGCCGUCGUCAGCAAGAAGAUCAUUUGCAUGCACGGCGGCAUCUCUGAGGAUCUCGUCGAUUUGAGGCUGGUUUUUGGAGUGGAGAGAGAGAGAGCGAUCUCAUGAUUUCCGGCCAAUUUCAGACAAUUGGAGAAAGUGGAGCGUCCGUGCGACAUACCCGACAUUGGAGUCAUUGCGGACCUGACGUGGGCGGAUCCGGACACGACGAUCGAGGACUACUCGGAGUCGAUGCGCGGCGCGGGUCGAAUAUUCGGAGCGAACGCGGUGCGCAACUUCCUCGCCCUCCACAACCUCGAGCUCGUCGUGCGCGCCCAUCAGGUCGUCAUGGACGGCUACCAGUUUUUCGCGAACAAACAGCUCGUCACCAUCUUCUCGGCGCCCUCCUACUGCGGACAAAUGGACAAUGCGGCGGCCGUGAUGAACGUCGACGCGGAACUCGUUCGUCGUUGCCCCGAGAAUCUCGAUUAUACAAUUGGUUUGCAGGUGUGCUCGUUCACUGUGAUGCGUCCCGACUUGAGAAAGGACAAGGAGAAGAAGGCGUUGACGCCGACGGCCGCUUGA